CAAGCAUAAAAAACAGAGAGCUGGUCGUCUUCUUCAAAUUUUUUUAUUUUAUUUUAUUAUUUUUUUUAGAGUGAGAAAGUUUCAGAUCAAUUUUAGGGAGAGAAAUUCUAAAGUUCUUCAUGGAUUUCUGCAUCUUGUGUCUCUGUGUGAGAUAAAAGUUGUUUCUUUGUGAAACAUAUGAGUGAGGGUGUAUUUGGGGCUUUGGGACUGGUUUUUUGGGUUUCUUGUGUGAAGCUUCACAUCGGAACACGAGGACGUAGGUCGAUUUCGAUGGAACCUCGAUAAAUUUCUGUGUUGAUUUGUAGAUUUAGGUUCUUGGAUUUUGUUCUUAGAAUUCAUAACAAGUUAGACGACUAAUCUCCUCUUGUAUAAUUAAAUACAGAUUAAUGAAUGAAUGAGGAGAGGAACUUCUUUCUGCAUCAAAAAUGGAGGAGCAAUCUGAAGAACUAACAAUCAACAUGGAAAAUACUGAAGGACCAGCACCUAUCAGCAAGAACAAUGAAGGACCUUCUGAUCUCCCUCCUGAGCUUAGUUUCAUGUCCAAUGUGUAUGAAUCAUCAACUUCAAGAAGCAACCAACACAUAAUACCAACGGUUCCAGAGAUGCUUCGUAAUCUUAAAAAAGAUGAAGAUUGCUUUUAUCCUAGUGUGGUUUCCAUCGGCCCUUAUUACCAUGGGAGGCGUUAUCUCAAAAAAUUUGAGAAAAGGAAGACUAAUUGGGCAUGGCAAUAUUGUAAAACUCGUGAGGGGGUUGUUAAUUUAUACAACAGAGUAAAAAAUGUGGCCGAAAGAGGAAGGGAAUUCUAUAAUAUGAAACGAUUGACAAGUAUUAAAGAAGAGGAAUUCACACAAAUGAUGUUUCUUGACGGUUGCUUCAUUCUAGAGUUUAUCAUUUGGUUGCUGGGGGUAAAAGAGUAUUAUGAUAUAGGGAUGAAUAAUAAUGAGAUAGCUGAUGUCAAGCGAGACUUGUUCUUGUUAGAGAACCAACUCCCUUACAUUGUUCUCGAGGCGUUAAUGGAGGGCUAUAAAUAUGAAAGGGAGGAGACAUUAAAAAAAUUCAUCACUAUCUGUGGAAGUCUUCCUCCUGCAGAAAAAGAAGAUGAACGUCCUCUUCAUCUUCUCGACAUGAUGAGGACAAGAUUUGUGAAACAAAGUGCUACCUUCCCCUCUCGACGUCAGGUGCGGGAUAUGAUACUCUCAGCUCUUUUAGAUAAGGUGCGCCACUGUAUGGGAAUCCGGUCCAGCCCCAAAAAAAGAGCCACCCCAAGUGCUACCAUUGAUUGUUACUCUUAUCCUACAGCCAGGGUGCUCAAUUCUAUGGGAAUCUGGUUCAGACCAAACAAAACAGGUAGUUUUGGCGAUGUCAAGUUUGAAUCUCAACUGUUCAUCUGGGGAGUGCUCACACUUCCUCGAAUACUCAUAGAUGCCUCCACCAGAUCCCUGCUGCUCAACAUGUUGGCUUUCGAAUCAAGCUAUACAAACUUGAAGGACCAGCAGGGUGUCACCUCUUAUAUGUGCUUCAUGGACUCACUUAUUGACAAUGCUGAUGAUGUGAUGAUCCUGAGAUCCGAGAACGUCAUCGUCAAUUGCUUGGGAACGGACCAAGAUGUAGCAGAUCUAUUUAACGACAUAGCAAGCAAUUUGGUCCCAAACCAUCAUACUUAUGCUGAAGCUAAGCUUGGAAUUCAAAAGUAUUGCAAUAGCAAGUUCAAGAGAUGCAAGAGCAAGUUCAAUAUAUGGAUGUCAGAAUGUUACAACAACUAUUUCAGAAGCCCUUGGACGUUUCUUGCAUUAUGUGGUGCCAUUUCUGUCGUCUUGCUCACUGCAGCUCAGACCUAUCUGGCAGCACGGCAGCUCAAAAAUUGAAUAAUUAUUAUAUGUAUAUGUAUAUGUAUGUGGAUUUUAAUUAUUAUUAUUCAUGAGUUUACUAUGUUAUUUUGUGCAUAUUGUAAGGCCGUCCUCUUUGUACUCAUAGAUAUAUAUUUGGUAUUUUCUUAAGAUGGAAAGUCCAAGGCAAAAUGUGAGGAUACGUCACUACCUUUCCUCCCCUUAAUUGUAUUUGGAGUUGUAGUUGAUAUAACAAUGCUCUGCUUUU